AUGAGGCUUUUCCAAUUCCUCAACAACCUCGCGCUGUUAAUAGUACCCUCUUUAGCAACACCGGUCCACAGUGCCACAUUGACGCCGUCAAAUCCGGCCUUCUUUAGCGUCGCCGAUGGCUUCCCACCCCCGGACUCACCACCCCUUCUGCCAUUCUUGAACGCCUCUGAUGUCAGUUGGCACCCGGGAGCCAAUAAAACACUCACUGGCCACCCCAAUAGACUCAUGGGCACCAUAGCAUACGCCCCGGACAUCUUGGUACCAUUGGCCGGGAGGUUUUCCACAUAUUUUAACGGUAACGAGGACGGGCAGAUACCCUUCCUCUCCCCGGAGGAACUGGUAUCUGUUACGGCCCGGACUGCAACACGUCUCCAGUGCGAGUACGUGUUCUCCAACGCGAUACACCAGCUCCUCAUCUUCCCACGAAACUACCUCGAUCCCGAUAGUGGCUUCCGCAAGGAUCAGUGGACAAGAGAACAAAUUUCAUUGGCUGUCCGAAUGCCCGCUCAGGAUAUAGUCAGCGGCGGAGGGCCCUGGACGGCGAGACAGAGAAUGCUGCUCAGAAUUGUGGACGAGCAGGUCGAUCUGAAUCAUAAAUCUGCCUUGGAAACAAUGCACGAAGCGCUCGCAGUGCUCGGAGAUGGGGGAGAGGGAGUAAUCCUCGGCUCCGGGGACGUCGUUGAGGUCUUGUCACUAUUCGGCUUAUUCAGCACUUACUGUAGUAUCUCUAACAGUAUGCGUGUGGAGGUUGAAACUGACUACACUGUUGCGGAAAUAAUAUUGCAUCAGCUGCUUGAAGGUGUUAAGCCAAAUACCGCAUCAUAA